AUCCAGCACCAGGAAAACCUGCAUUCGUAUUUUGCACAUUCGGCGGGUUGAACCUCUGACAAUUUCGCCAUGGCUGCCCAGACAAUACUUUUUGAUUUUACACUGGAUGCUGGAAAAACAGCGACUUCAAUACAACGCCAAGAAGUGGCCCGUAUUGUUCGCAACGAGCUAGAACAUGUGUUCACCCAAUUGGAGCUUGCCUAUUCUAUGGAAUCCAUGGAUAAUGGAUACUUUUCGGUGCUGCACGAGAAUAAGGAGACAAUUAUAACGUGCCGCAUCUUCCAACAGGGUUUGUUAACCAUCAAUGUGGAGUAUUACUUGGCUGCCGGAAAGGAACCAGUCUUAUCCUUAGAUAAGGGCAAACGCUUGGAAAAUGCCCUAGCAAAAAGUUUGCAAGCCCUUUCGGGUCAAAAGAUACCAACAUUGAAGCGCGGCGAUGUCGCUAGGUAUUAUCCAUCCUCAGUUAAUUUUGAUGCAUAUGAGCGCAUUAUUGAGUACGAUAUUGAUACCCUUGUCUAUGAGGCUCGUUCGCCGUUCCAGAAGAUUCAAAUUCUGCACUCCAAGACGCUGGGCAACAUGCUAAUUUUAGACGAGCUGCAGAAUAUUGCGGAAUCUGAUUUGAUCUAUACGGAAACCCUAAUGGGCCGCGGCAUUGAGAACUACGAGGGCAAGGAGAUAUGUAUACUGGGCGGCGGAGAUGGCGCUCUGCUCUAUGAGCUGCUCAAAGAGAAGCCCAAGCAUGUGGUCAUGCUGGAAAUUGAUGAGCUUGUUAUGCAGGCCUGCAACAAGUAUCUGAGCAGCAUUUGUGGCGAUGUGUUGGAGAAGCGCAAAACCGAUCAAUAUGAGAUCAUAGUGGGCGAUUGCGUGGACUAUAUGAAGAAGUUCAUUGCGGAGGGGCGCAAGUUUGACUAUGUCUUUGGCGAUCUAACUGAUAUACCCAUUUCGGAUGCACCUAUUGGCGAAUGCUGGGAUUUUAUACGUACUAUCUUUGAGCAUUCGUUCCAGCUGCUCAAGCCGGAUGGCAAAUAUCUGACUCAUGGCAAUGGCACAAGCUGCUUGGAAUCGUUGCAGUUGUUCGAGGAACAGCUACGAUUGCUUAAGCCGAAGGUUAAGUUUACUACAACCAAAGCUUUUGUGCCGUCAUUCAUGGAAGAAUGGCUCUUCUAUCAAGUCACUUUCGCUUGACCAGCUCAAAUUGAAGCAGUUAUGCGACGACGACAAGCACCACAAUUACAGCUUACAACUAGCACGAACUCAACAACAGCAGCAACAACACCCACAUCGUGUAUCCAAAAUGCUACAUCCAACACGCAAAUUGUUCUCACACCCACAAUACAAAUCUAUCCAGUUGAGCUCAGCACCAAGGAGCCGCUGUUACUGCACAGCUACACCGUGAUAUUGCAUGCUGCCAAGACGCAGCAGCUGCCACAGAGUCUACACAACAAUAUUUUGCCCCUCAAGAAGCGACGUAAGAAGCGUGUGCAUUACCAUCAUGCCCUGGUUUCCUAGUGGAGGCUAUUCAUCAAAUGUAACCAAAAAGACAAAGAAACUACUUAGCAUCACUAAUAGCACCCAAAACAAUAAAACAACAAAAUAGACUUCCAAGGGCUGUAACUAGCAUCUGAUAACCAAACCAAAAA